AUGGCACCACUUGAACCCGAAGAAAAGGCACGACUCGUCGCCUCUAUUUCACACGAGCUCGCAAGUACUCCGUAUGCAUGUACAGAUCUUGAGCCGUUGCUCAGCGGAACCACCAAUUUCACCUUUCGCGGACGCCUCAUCGCCGCCCUGCCCGAAACCGAGGAACAGACUGUCAUUGUCAAGCACACGACAAGCUAUGUAGCCCUCAACAAGGAUUUUGCCAUUGACAUUUCCCGUUGCCUAUUUGAAGUAUACGCUUUGGAAGCCCUGAAUGGCUUUCCCGCCAUAGAACCUGCCUCGGGUGACUCAUUCUCCGCGCUGUCCCCCCAGCUCUACUACUUCUGCCGCACCGCGAAAAUCCAGGUGCUGCAGGACAUCCGAGGCGUGCUAGAUUUGAGGGCGAUUCUCGAUACGCCGGGUGCCGAUUCCAAGGUAUCUCAGGCGCAGGUCGCGGACGUCGGGCGCGCCGCCGGCGCCUGGCUGCGCCGCUUCCACACCUGGACGGCAGAGCCAGCACAGCGGCCGCUUGCGCAGCAGGUGGCCGAAAACGACGGUAUGCGUGAGCUCAAGGCCCGCGUCACUUGCGACGCCUUCAUCGAGGUGCUGGAGAAUUUCCCAGACAUCUACGAGCGCCAUGCAGCGACACUCGGCCUCGUGAGGGGCAUGGCCAGGCAAGAGUUCCAGCGAAGCCCAGGCCAAUGCGAUCAAGAAGACGGCUGGGGGGUCAUCCAUGGUGAUUUCUGGUCCGGAAAUAUUCUUGUUCCAUCCAGCAUACUCACCCCGUGCGGCGUUGAAGGCAACGACAAGCGCGUUGCCAUUAUUGACUGGGAAUCCUGUCAAUUCGGGCCUCGCGCGUUCGACAUUGGCGGCAUGCUCGGCGACAUGUGCGAGAGGAACCACUUCAAGGGCGUCCGGGCGGCCCUAUCCGCCAUGGAGGGCUUCAUCGCGGGGUACGGCCCCGUCAGCGAUACGCUCGCGUUUCGGGUGGCAAUGCACGCGGGUAUUUUCCUAAUUACGUGGUAUAAUCGACGCUCGCCGGGGAGUCCUCUACCCGCGCCGCUCCAAGUUGCACGAGAGGCCAUGGCGCUCGGCGUCCAGCUCAUUGUCCGAGGGUGGAAACAGGACAGAGAAUGGUUCAAGCAGAGCAUUAUUGCAUCUCUGUUCGCCAACUAG